GCGACUAACCAUUGCAGUUGAGCUUGUGGCGAACCCCUCUAUAAUAUUCAUGGAUGAGCCAACUUCAGGACUAGAUGCAAGAGCUGCUGCAAUUGUUAUGAGAACAGUUAGGAACACUGUGGAUACAGGAAGAACAGUUGUUUGCACAAUACAUCAGCCAAGCAUCGACAUAUUUGAAAGCUUUGAUGAGCUUAUCCUGUUGAAGCAAGGAGGACAAGAAAUAUAUGUUGGACCACUGGGUCACAAUUCUUCCUAUCUGGUCAAGUAUUUUGAGGGAAUUGGAGUAAAUAAAAUAAAAGAUGGUUACAAUCCAGCAACUUGGAUGUUAGAAGUUACCGCCCCUGCACAAGAAAUAGCUUUGGGGGUUGAUUUUGCUGAUAUAUAUAGAGAUUCAGAACAGUUCAGGAGUAUUAAAGCAGUAAUUAAAGAAUUAAACAAACCUGCUCCUAGUUCAAAGGAUUUAUAUUUCCGUACACAGUAUGCCCAGUCACUUGUGAUCCAGUUCAUAGCUUGCUUAUGGAAGCAACAAAGGUCAUACUGGCGGAAUUCGUCAUACACUGCUGUAAGAUUUAUCCACACUAUAUUUAUAGCUUUAACAUUGGGGACAAUGUUCUGGAAGCUUGGCUCCAAAAAGGAAAGACAAAAGGAUCUUUUAAAUGCAAUGGGUUCAUUGUAUACUGCCGUUGUGUUCCUUGCUAUAAGAAAUGCAUCGACUGUUCAGCCAGUAGUGGCUGUUGAAAGAAGCAUUUUUUACCGAGAAAGAGCCGCUGGAAUGUAUUCAGCUUUCCCCUACGCCUUUGCACAACUCCUCAUCGAGUUACCAUAUACUUUUGUGGAAACUAUCGCUUACGGUUUCAUUGUUUACACAAUGAUGGGAUUUGAAUUCACUGCUGUAAAAAUCUUUUGGUAUUUGUUCUUCAUCUACUUCACAUUGUUGUACUGCACCUUCUAUGGUAUGAUGGCUGUGGCAAUGACACCGAAUCAACAAAUUUCAAUGAUUAUUUCUUCUGCAUUUUAUUCACUAUGGAACCUUUUCUCAGGUUACAUUAUACCACGAACACAAAUUCCUGUAUGGUGGAGAUGGUGCACUUGGGCAAACCCAGUGUCAUGGACGUUAUACGGAUUAUUUGUAUCGCAAUUUGGAGAUUUAAAGAAUACACUUACUACAGGAGAAACGGUAGAACAUUUUCUGGAAACAUAUUUUGGUUACAGACAUGAUUUUCUAGGAGUUGUUGCUGCUGCUGUUGUUGGAUUCACUGCACUAUUUGCAUUUGUUUUUAUGGUUUCUAUGAAGAUGUUUACAUUCCAAAAGCGUUAGGUAUGUGCAUGUCUGCAUGAAGAGAAGAAAUUUGCGAAUUAAGUUCAUUAUGUAGACUUAUGAACUUUUUACUUAUAGUGUUUGACGUGCGGUGUUAUUGAAUUAAAAUCUCCAACUAGUAGAGAACGUGUUAAUUUGUGUUUUUUAAAAAUAGUAUUAAUUAAAUUCUCUAUAUUAAUUGGAGAUUUUAACUUAAUUAUGCAAGUAUCACACUAUCUAUGUGAAGUUCAUAAUUUUACACUGAAUUGAGUUCGUCUAGGCUAGGGUUAACAAACAUGCACCACAAAUUGUCAAAAUAUAACUCUCUGUCUAUCUUCUCUGGAAGAAAAGAUUGUAAUCCCAAGAAUGGCACCAGCAACUACUAGAACAAAAUCAUGUUUAAAACCAUAAUAAUCUCACAGAUUUUUCGAUUGCUUGCUCGGUUCCAUCAAGUUUAUCUAAAGAAAAAUUGUAUUAUUAUGAGAUUUAGUGAGUUAACAACUUCAAUUUUAUUUUUAA